AUGUCAAAGGUCAAGUCAGCAGUUUCGAACAUAGGCGUGCAAAUUUCACACCGCAAAGAUGACAUUAACUCUAAAUUGGGCCUUCACGACCAUGAAGAAUCACGAGGAGGCUCUGAGCAGGAUGUUGUACACGUAAUCCACGAUGAAAUUGACGACUGGUCCAGCACCGAGGAUGAGGAGCAGUAUGGCCAUCAAUCUUACCCGGCAAAAGAUCUAGAAGAAUUCCUGCAGAACGACGAUCCUCCGGAGGUGCGUCGUAAUUACGGUAGAUUGCCGCUCAUGCAAUCUCAGGAUAAUGCCUUUGACCCCAAGCAGAAGAUCGGAUGGACCCGUCUGGUGGAAAUUGGGCCCAAAAUGAUCGGGAAGGAAAUCUCAUUUCGUGCUCGAAUACACGUGGUGCGACAUAUGAGCGCAGCAAUGGCCUUCAUCCUUUUCCGAGAGAAUAUCACCACUGUUCAGGGAGUGCUCAGCGCACGAGAGGACGGGGUUUCAGAGAGCAUGGUAAGGUGGGCCCAGCACAUCAGGCCCGGUUCGAUUGUCCUUGUGCAAGCAACAGCAAAACAACCCGACAAACAGAUACACGGAGCGAGCACCCAUGAUGUGGAGCUUCUGAUUCAGCAACUUCAUGUGGUUUCUGCGAGAAAGGCACCGGUCCCAUUCUCUGUUUAUGAGGCAGAGGGAGCAACCGACGGCCGUGCAAUUGCAGACCGGGUUCGUCUGAGGAAUAGAAUACUUGAUCUAAGAACACCGACAUCGCAAGCCAUCUUCAGAAUUCAAUCCGAGGUCUGUCGGACUUUUCGUUCGUUCCUGGACCAGCAUGAAUUCCUCGAGAUUCACACACCAAAAUUGCAAGGUGGCGCAACCGAAGGCGGCGCGGAUGUCUUCAAGCUUGAUUACUUUGGCCGCCCUGCGUUCCUUGCCCAGAGCCCUCAGCUGGCUAAACAAAUGUGUAUCUCUGCUGAUAUGGAGAGGGUCUACGAAAUCGGACCUGUUUUCAGAGCCGAAAACUCAAACACUCCGAGACAUAUGACCGAGUACGUAGGGUUAGAUGUGGAAUUGGCCAUCAGUCACCACUAUCACGAAGCCAUGUGGCUGAUAGAUGCCACUUUAAAAGAGAUUUUCAGAACUGUCCAUGAUCGACAUCAAAAUGACAUUGCUACCUUGAAGCACCACUUCCCUCACGAGAAGCUGAUAUGGUUGCCUCAGACACCAAGAAUUACUUUCGCUCAGGGCGUUCAACUUCUGAAUGACUCGGGCUGGGAGAAUGACAGCGGCAAGCCGCAAUCAGAAGAUGAAGACCUGCCAACCCAAGCUGAGAGACGCCUAGGGGAACUGAUCAAAGAGAAGUUCAAGACGGAUUACUAUAUCCUAGACAAGUUUCCAACCGCCUCUCGGCCGUUCUAUACAAUGCUAGAUCCUGACAAUGACAAGGUCACGAAUUCGUUCGAUUUUAUGGUAAGAGGCCAAGAGAUAUUAUCAGGUGGCCAGCGUGUUCACGAAUAUGAAGUAUUGGUGGAACGGAUGAAAACAUCUGAAAUGGACACAGAUUCACUGAAAGAAUACAUGCAAGGGUUUGAAUGGAUUGCACCUCCUCAUGCGGGAGCUGGAAUCGGACUUGAAAGACUUAUAUCCUUGAUACUGGAUCUUGGUAACGUGCGGUAUGCGACGUUGUUUCCGCGAGAUCCCAAGAGCUUCCCGCAAGCCAAAUUGAGUUCAGACUUACCUCACCCAGAGGACAGUACUUUGCAAAGACCUAAAGGCCAUCUACCCAACUUAGAAAACCUCGUUGCAAACUAUGGCGAUGCAACCAACACGUCUUGGAUGGACGAACGGUUCAAGAUCUGGAGAGACGAGAAGACCGGUGCUGCAAUAUCUUAUGUACCGACCCAUGAUCGAGCCAUCUGUGCGGGAAAUCCACUUUGUGACCAAAAACAAUUAGAGGAUGUUAUAACAGCGUUUUUGAAGUGGCUCCGGCGCGAAACCAAACUCAGACCCCUGUUUAUUUUAGUAGGUAAAGAUGUGGAAGACAUACUGGCGGAUCGUCUAGGAUGGAAGAGCUUUACGAAUGUAUCCGAACAACGUGUCAAUUUGGCGAGCAAUGGGCAUCUGGAUGUCAGUAGCGAUGUCGAUCGAAAAAUCCGACACGCGAGGAAGGAAAGUGUCCAAGUGAAUAGAUAUGGAGACAAUGUACCAGAAGACGUUCGGAAACGAUGCGAAGAACGAAUCGAGGGAUGGAAAGAGAGUAAAACCGGAUCGCAGGUUCAUUUGAGCGACAUCACCCCUUUUGCCGACGCUCGGCACCGCCAGUAUUUUGUGGCAGAGGAUCCGCAAGGUAAGAUACAUUCGCUGGUUGUCCUCGCUCUAUUGGCGUCGAGGUGGGGUGUUCAAGUGAAAUGGGCUCUGGAUUUUCCUGGAGCAACCAACGGGGCCAUUGAAUUAGCAGUCUUUACGGCUCUCAAGAGCGCUGCUGAUGCUGGAACUAAGACAUGCACUUUCGGAGCAGGCGCCGCCAGCAGACUGACGACUGGCCGUAAAGUGGGCAGAGUGAAGUCGGCAGCAUUGAAUUCGCUCUAUCAAACCUUAGCGGCCAAAUUUAAUUUGGAUCAGAAGACAGGCUUUAGAUCCAAGUUCAACACUCUGGAUGAUCCGCUCUUCCUGUGUUAUCCUCCUCGAGGGCUGGGUCCGAAAGGAGCACAAGCGAUCGUGGACUUCUUUCAGACAGAGUGA